AUGCUCAAUGAUACUACGGUUUGUGGUGAUGAGUCGAAGAUGAGCGAAAGUCGCACGAAAGUCGUCAGUUUCAUUCCGAGCGCUGUUCAAGAUGGUUAAACUGUGGGAAAUCGUUGUAAUGGUAGCCAUUGCGCUACUCCGAAGCACUUUCGCAAAGCAGCUGAGCUGCACAAUGGAGCUGGACCGUAGCUGCAGCCUGAUCGGUGCCAAAGUGUCCUCGGACGAGAUUCUAACCACCACCUUUGCCAGCUCUAAUCCCUCCACCCUAUCCACCGUCCAGUUUGCACGCUCUUCGCUCACCGGCAUCCCACCGGCCAUGUUCCAGACCUUCCCGAAGCUGGAAUCGCUGAACGCAACGGGCAGCGACAUCAAGCAGAUUCAGUCACGCAACUUUGCCGACGCAAAAACACUUCAAUCACUGUACCUGCGCGGUAACAAAAUUCACGAUCUGCCCGACGUGGCCUUCUUCGGUGCCAGCCGGCUGCAAACGCUUGACCUUUCGGAUAAUGCGAUCGCCACGAUCGAAAGCACCGCGUUCAAGCGGCUGCGUGAGCUGAAAACGCUGCUGCUGGGAAGCAACAGCCUAACCGAGCUGCAGCCCGGCGUGUUUGACGAUUUGUCCGAUCUGGAGCGGCUAGAGCUGCAGCAGAACGGGCUGGGCUCGAUCGACGAUCGGUUGUUCCAGGGAUGUCAUUCACUCACGGCACUAAACGUCUCGCACAAUGCGCUGAAGACGUUCAACGUGGCACAGUUUGAGCGGCGCUGGAGCUUUGAUUUGAUUGACGCGAGUUACAACAAGCUGAGCGUGGUUAGAAUUCCACCGAACCUACGUCAGCUGGUAGCGAUCGGGAACGGAAUCCGCACAGUGGAAAGCACCGCCACCAACGGGUCGGAGCUGAUCCUGCUCAAGCUGCCCCACAACAAGCUGACGAGCGUGGACGAGGUGCCGGUGUUUGAGAAGCUGAUCUCGCUCGAUCUGUCGUUCAAUCGGAUUCGCGAGUUCGAUUUCCGGUCGGCCGCCCGGUUCGGUAAGCUGGUGCUGCUCAAGCUGGACGGCAAUCAGCUGGAAUCGGUGAGCAACAGUUUGACCGCGCCGAUCACACACCUGAAGUACGUACAUCUGGCCGACAAUCAGUUCACCCAUCUCGACCUGAACGUGCUGCGGACGGUGCCGCGCAUUUUGAAGCUGGAUCUGCGCCGCAACCAGCUGGAACGGUUGGCGGUGACGGAUUUGGCCGGCUCGUUCCCGGUGAUGGUGCGCAUCAUGCUCGAGGGCAAUCGGUUCCGGUGCGCGGACAGCCGGCCGUUGCUGAAGGAGCUGAAGGAAUCGAUCACGGCGUACGCGAUGACGCGCAACGACUGCCGGAAGGAGGAGAAUCUGAUCGAUGGCAUUUGCUGCUCGUAGGGCGCAUUAGUGGGAAUGAAGUUUGAUAGGAUUGGUUUCUGUUUAGUGAUUUGCAGUCGGUGUUUGAUUUCAAGCAUGUUUUGAGUAUAAAUUUCAGAAAACUAUUGCAUUUGAUUUUGGGUAAUUUUUGAAAUGCCUAAUACAGUUGUUGCUGCUAAAUUUUGUCUGUAAGUCCCAAAAAUGCCUCAAGUUUACUCUCUAAAGUAUCAAUGUUUCAUUGUUGGUCAACCUAUUCAGUAAAGUUAAGAAUGAAUUUCAUAGUUUCGUAAAAUAUGUGAUCAGAAAUUCUUCAUAAUCAACCGUUUAAUGAAUAGUAGUUGAGCAAUUGAGAUUCCCAUGAUAAAAUUCAAAUCUCCAAUAAAGACUUAUAUGUCGACAGGCAGUUUUAAAUUCUAGUAUGUAAUAGCAAUUCGAUCAGAAUUAAACAUAUAUGUAAGAUGUCAAAAACAUAUUAUUUUCCAUGUAACCUUAAAUAGCAUUACACUAUAGGCCACAAUGUUGAUUUACAGAGAAAAAUUGAUGCACAAAAGUAAAGUACGGUACUACAGAUGCAGAUAUUGUUGCGUACUGACAACAUUUAUUAGCUAAUGGGUAAAAUUUAGUGAAAAUGACACUUAGAAAAUAGAAAAUUGCUAAAACUGCUUGAAUAAAAUGUCGAAACUGCUUUCAACAUAA